CCUGGCCCUGACAUUCACUUCCCAGUAGCUGGCAUUUGGGGGCGCGGCUGGAGACCCGGUCGAGGAGCGGUAAAGGUGCAUUCGCAGUGGGAGGUCCACUGGGACACACGGACUAAGAUCUUCCCCGGAUGCUGGUUAAUCCCACGAAGCUACCACCGGAGGGUCCCAGAGCAAGGAAGAUGGAUCAGGUCCGCCUACUCUUACUUAGUCUAGCAGGAGUGGCGGGAUGGGGGGUGGGGGUAGCUCCAAGGCUUUUGAACGUGGGCAUCACCGCCCUCCGGAGUGGGUCCCUUCCUAAGCGAGAGGUGUGGACCCAGUUCGCGGAUCCUCAGCUGUGCCUGAGCAAGGACCACGCCAUCUCCCCAGCACCCCCAAACCCUCCCUGGUGUGACCACUUCUGAUCCCGCUCCAGACAAAGGCAAUCUGAACUCCAGCGGCACGAAUGAGGGGAUCAGGUUGCUCUCUCGGCCUCCCCUCACCACCACACCCCCUCCUGCUUUUCCCCUUCCCCACGUGACUCUCUGGAAUCUUUGCCAAAGCUUUGAGUCCCUGGGUCCAUUAUCACGCGGAGCGGGGGAGGGAGGAAGGAGGAGAGGAACGUGGAGGAGGAGGAGCGUGUGUCUUUAAAACGCGGGGAUCCAGAGGGGGCCUUAUUUUGUGCGUUUCCGGGCUCUCCGGCGCGCGUAGCAUUGAGUUCGGGGGUUCUUUCCAGCCCCUGUAGCUCUUUCCUCCGUGCAUUUAAAAUUAUGGCUUCUCCUCCACUCGAGUAAUCACACCUCGACCCCGCAGAUCAGCUGUGCGGGUGUUCGGUGAGGAGGCGGCUGCUGGCUGGGAGCAAGCCGAGCCCCCGCAGCCGUCCGCACCCGGGCGAAGGGCGGGGGCGAGAAAGUAGCAGCAGCGCCACCCCCGGCGCAGCCACCUGGGUCUUUCCUCCGAAGCUUUUGAAUCGUCUGCGGCAAGGAGCGCGGCCCGAGGCCGCACCGUGAGGUUGCAGCGCCGGCGAGUCCCGGGAGCAGCCGGCAGCGCCGCACAAAGUUUCCAGCAAACGGCCCCCGGCGGCUGAGGUCCACGGAGCCCCGUGGCCCUCGGAGGGGUGGGUGGGACUUCCCAGGCUCCAGGCGACCGGGUCUGCGGACACAGAGCCGACGUAGAGUGUCGAGCGAACUUUCAAAAGCUGCUACAGACUAACCGGCAAGGGGAUCUCCACGGUGGGGUACCCCAGAGCGGAAGGGUCAGGCCGGAGGGAAAUGCUGGGAGAUCAGAUCAGGCGGUGACCCGCAACUUUCCGGCGAGACUGCCACAGAGAACUGCACUCUGCCUCCUCUUUUACUCUCUCCUGCUCUGCCCGCGUUGGCGUCCUGCUUUGCUGGAGAGCUGGACAGUGAGUGAAUUGAAUCCCCCGCCCACCCCCGCGCCUCUCGGGCUAAUGCGAGUGUAGCUCUCGGACGGUGCAGCGCCUCGUUUUCCUGGAGGUAACCGCCCGCUGCCCCCCCGCCCUCUGUGCGCCCGGGUCCGGGGCGCCGAAGCCAGCGCUUUGGCCGAGAGCAGGUUCUUGGAUGCUGAAAGCUGGGCUCCUGCAGCGUGGGUGUCUAGGCGGCGAUGGGUGUCUUCAAAGUGUGGCUCGGGGUAGCCCUGGCAUUGGCGGAAUUUGCAGUAUUGCCUCAUCAUUCUGAAGGUGCUUGUGUCUAUCAGGGCUCCUUGUUGGCGGAUGCCACAAUUUGGAAGCCCGAUUCAUGCCAGAACUGCCGUUGCCAUGGUGAUAUUGUUAUCUGCAAACCUGCUGUUUGCAGAAACCCUCAGUGUGACUUUGAGAAGGGAGAAGCGCUUCAAAUAGCCGCCAACCAGUGCUGCCCCGAGUGUGUGUCGACGACGCGAGGAUCUUGCCAUCAUUCGGAGAAAAUCCGUGCACAUGGGACCGAGUGGGCCGCCUCCCAGUGUAGUGUGUGCUCCUGCACUCAAGGGGAAGUCCGAUGCAGCCCCCAGCCAUGCCCACCGCUGUCGUGUGGACACCAGGAGGUGGAAUUCAUCCCUGACGGCAGCUGCUGCCCCAUCUGCGUGGGCCCUGGGAAACCCUGUUCCUCCGAAGGCCGUGUGUUUCAGGAUGGGGAGGACUGGCCAUUGAGUCGGUGUGCCAAAUGCGUGUGUAGAGACGGGGUUGCCCAGUGCUUCACAGCUCAGUGUCAGCCUCUGUUUUGUAACCAGGAUGAAACUGUAGUUCGAGUUCGGGGAAAAUGCUGCCCUCAGUGCUCUUCCCGCUCCUGCUCUGCUGCUGGCCAAGUACACGAGCAUGGUGCUCAGUGGAAAGAAAACGCCUGUACCACAUGCAUAUGUGACCGGGGUGAGGUCCGGUGCCACAGGGAAGCCUGCCCUCCACUAAGAUGUGAAAAGGGUCAGAGAAAGGCUCAGCGUCAUGGGGAAUGCUGUGAGCAAUGUGUAUCUCCCGUCGGAAGCUGCUCACACAAUGGGAUUGUGCGGUACCAGGAUGAAAUGUGGAAAGGCUUGGCCUGUGAGUUCUGCAUAUGUGACCGUGGCCAAGUGACCUGCCACACUGGAGAGUGUGCCAAAGUGGAGUGUGCCCAGGGUGAAGAAUUAAUUCACUUAGAUGGAAAAUGCUGUCCUGAAUGCAUUUCAAGGAAUGGCUAUUGUGUUCAUGAAGAAAAUGCAGAAUUUACAUCCUCAAAUGCAAGUACGGUUAAACAUAUUCCAGAGGGGGAGAAGUGGGAGGACGGCCCCUGCAGGGUGUGUGAGUGCCAGCGCGCUCAGGUAACUUGCUACGAGCCCUCUUGUCCUCCGUGUCCAGUGGCCACACUAGCCCAAGUGGUGAAGGGACAGUGCUGCCCGGAGUGCACGUCAGUUCAUUGCCACCCAGACUGCUUGACUUGCUCACAGUCCCCAGACCACUGUGACCUCUGCCAGGACCCCACGAAGUUGCUGCGGAAUGGACGGUGUGUGCACAGCUGUGGCCCAGGGUUCUACCAGGCUGGUGCUGUCUGUGUAGCCUGCCAGCCUCAGUGCUCCACGUGUGCCCACGAACUCGAGUGCUCGUCCUGCCGGCCUCCCCUGCUGAUGCGGCACGGGCAGUGUGUGUCCACCUGUGGGGAUGGCUUCUACCAAGAUCACCACUCCUGUGCAGCCUGCCACGAGUCCUGCGCGGCCUGCUGGGGUCCCCUGGAGAAGCACUGCCUGGCCUGCAGAGACCCCCUCCAAGUGCUGAGGGAGGGUGGCUGUAAGAGCAGCUGCGGUGACGGCUUUUACAACAAGCAGGGGACCUGCAGGGCUUGUGACCCAUCCUGUAAAAGUUGUGGCCCCAAUAGUCCCAGAUGUCUUUCUUGUGCUGAGAAGGCAGUGUUGCAUGAUGGCAAGUGCAUUUCUGCAUGCCCUGGUGGAUACUACACUGAUGCCACUGGCCGAUGCAAAGUUUGUCAUGACUCGUGUGCCAGCUGCUCUGGACCUAGGGCUUCUCACUGCACAGCCUGCACUCACCCCCAGGCCCUGCGCCAAGGCCACUGUCUGCCCAACUGUGGAGAAGGCUUCUUCCCUGACCACGGGGUCUGCAAAGCCUGUCAUUCCUCUUGCUGGGCUUGUGUGGGUCCAGAGCGCUCUCAGUGUACCCAGUGUAAGCAGCCAGAGGAAGGCCUGCAAGCGGAGCAGCUGUCUGGUGCCAACGUCACCUCUGGCGAGUGUCUGCCCCAGUGCAGAGCCCAGUUUUACUUGGAGAACACCGGGCUGUGUGAAGCAUGCCACCAGUCCUGUUUCGGGUGUGCAGGGAGGAGCCCGCAGAACUGCACAGCCUGUUGGCCUUCCCACGUGCUGAUGGAUGGGCAGUGCCUCUCCCACUGCCCAGAUGGAUACUUUAACCAGCAAGGCAGUUGUGCAGAAUGCCACCCCACCUGCAGGCAGUGCCAUGGCCCAUCAGAAUCGGACUGCAUUUCCUGUCAUCCUCAUGUCACUGUUACUGGUGGAAACUGCAGGACUAGCUGUAAAGAAGAGCAGUUCCUCAACCUCAUGGGGUACUGUGCUGAUUGCCAUCCUCUGUGCCAGCAAUGUGCAGCUGAUCUCCACAACACCAGGAGCAUCUGCCUGAGGUGCCAGAAUACCCGGUACCUGCUGCUGGGGGACCACUGUGUCCCUGAUUGCCCUUCUGGAUAUUAUGCAGAGGAAGGAGCUUGUAAAAAAUGUCACCCCUCCUGCAGAACCUGUCAGGGCAGAGGACCCUUUUCCUGCUCCUCAUGUGACACUGACCUCGUUCUAUCCCACUUUGGAACCUGCAGCACCACCUGCUUCCCAGGGCACUACCUCGAUGACAACCAUGCUUGUCAAUCAUGCGGCACACACUGCAGAAGCUGUGAUUCACCGGCCAGCUGUACCUCCUGCCAAGAUCCAAACAAGGUCCUGCUCUCUGGGAAAUGUCAGCUUGAGAGCUGUGCCCCACAGUACUAUCUGGACCUCUCCACCAAGGUGUGCAAAGAGUGUGACUGGAGUUGCAGUGCGUGUGACGGGCCUCUGCGGACAGACUGCCUGCAGUGCAUGGACGGCUAUGUUCUCCAGGACGGGGCCUGUGUGGAACAGUGUGCGCCAACAUUUUACCGGGACUCCGGCCUCUGCAAGAGCUGUGACAGCCACUGUCUCCAGUGCCAAGGGCCCCAUGAGUGCACCCGCUGUGAGGAGCCAUUUCUCCUCCUGGAAGCCCAUUGCGUCCAGGAAUGUGGGAAGGGAUACUUUGCAGAUCAUGAAAAUCGCAAAUGCACAGCCUGCCCUCAGGGGUGCUCUCAAUGCAGCCACAGAAACCAGUGUCACCACUGCGACCAUGGGUUCCUUCUGAAGAGCGGCCUUUGUGUUGCCAGCUGUGUUCCUGGCUUCUCUGCCCACCCUCCUAACGGAACAUGUGCUGGCAAAAUUCACACUCCUGGUCUUCAUGUGAAUGGUUCUCUCACCCUUGCAAUUGGUUCAAUGACACCACUGGAUUUUUCCCUCCUGAAUGUCCAAGACCAGGAUGGCAGGGUCGAAGACCUCCUGUUUCACGUUGUGAGCACUCCCACCAAUGGUCAGCUAGUGCUCUCAAGGAAUGGGAAGGAGGUUCAGCUUGACAAGGCUGGCCAUUUCAGCUGGAAAGAUGUGAAUGAGAAAAAAGUGCGUUUUGUGCACAGCAAAGAGAAACCCAGGAAAGGUUAUUUUUCCCUGAAAAUUAGUGACCAGCAGUUCUUCUCUGAGCCACAGCUGAUCAACAUACAAGCAUUUUCUACACAGCCCCCCUAUGUGCUGAGAAAUGAGGCCCUCCACAUUAGCAGAGGAGAGAGGGGAACCAUCACCACCCAGCUGCUUGACAUCCGAGAUGAUGACAAUCCACAGGAUGUGGUAGUGGAAGUGCUGGAUCCUCCACUUCAUGGCCAAUUGCUUCAAACACUUCAGUCCCCUGCAACCCCUGUCUAUCAGUUCCGGCUGGAUGGACUCUCCAGGGGCUUUCUCCACUAUGCUCACAAUGGCCUGGAGAGCACAUCUGAUGUUGCAGUCUUGCAGGCCAGUGAUGGACACUCCUUCCAAAAUAUUCUAUUUCACGUGAAGAUUGUGCCCAAGAAUGACAGAAGCCUUCGGCUUACGGCUAACUCAAUGGUGUGGGUCCCAGAAGGGGGGAUGCUGCAGUUCACCAACAGAAUCUUACAGGCUGAAGCCCCAGGUGCCAGUGCCUCUGAAAUCAUCUACAAAAUUACACAGGACCACCCCCAAUUUGGGGAGGUGGUCCUUCUGGUUAACAUGCCUGCAGACAGUCCCACAGAAGGACAGCCCCUGCCUGAUGGGAGAACAGCAACCCCCACCAGCACCUUCACCCAGCAGGACAUCAAUGAUGGCGUCGUGUGGUACAGGCACUCCGGAGUCCCAGCCCAGAGCGACUCCUUCCGCUUCCAGGUUUCCAGUGCCACGGAUGCCCAUACCCACCUGGAGAGCCGCACAUUCAACAUCGCGAUCUUACCACAGACGCCUGAAGCACCUCAGCUCUCUCUGGGAGCAUCUCUCCAUAUGACCGCUCGGGAAGACGACCUGACUGUGAUUCAGCCUCAUUCCCUCUCCUUUGCAAAUUCCAAGAAGCCAAGUGGAAAGAUUAUAUACAACAUUACUCUACCUCUGCAUCCAAAUCAGGGUAUCAUCGAACACAGGGACCAGCCUCACUCUCCCAUCCGGUAUUUCACACAGGAAGAUAUUAACCAGGGCAAAAUCAUGUACCGGCCUCCCACAGCAGCGCCCCACCUCCAAGAGAUCAUGGCCUUCUCCUUCGCUGGUCUCCCAGAAUCAGUGAAAUUCCAUUUCACAGUCUCGGAUGGAGAGCACACGAGUCCGGAGAUGGCCCUCACCAUUCACUUAGUUCCCUCUGAUCGGCGCCCACCACUGUUCCAGGUCACAGCUCCACUGCUUGAGGUCAGCCCAGGAGGCAGCACUCCCGUGGGACUUCAGUUGGUAGUAAGAGAUGCUGAGACAGCACCUGAAGAACUCCUGUUUGAGCUUCGGAAGCCUCCGCAGCAUGGCGUGCUCCUCAAGGACACCGCUGAGUUCCGAGGGCCCAUGGCCACAGGUGACACUUUCACACACAAGGAUAUUGAGAAAAACGUUCUGCGGUAUCUACAUGAUGGCUCCUCUGUUGGGGAGGACAGCAUGGAGAUCUCCGUCACAGAUGGCAUCUCCGUGACGACCGUGGAAGUGAGAGUGGAGGUGUCACUGCCCGGGGACCGAGGGCCUCGGCUGGCUACUGGUGCCUCUCUGAGCCUCACUGUUGCUAGCAAAAGCACAGCUGUAAUCACUAGAUCACACCUCACUUACGUUGAUGAUUCUUCCCCUGAUGCAGAGAUCUGGAUUCAGUUGAGAUCCCUGCCCAUGUAUGGUACUCUUUUAAGAGUCUCAGGACCUGAAGUGGAAGAAAUCUCAGAGGUUGCCAAUUUCACAAUGGAAGACAUCAACAACAAGAAAAUUAGGUACUCAGCUGUGUUUGAGACCGAUGGUCAGCUGGUUACCGACAGCUUCCGUUUCUCUGUGUCUGAUAUGGACCACAACCGUCUGGACCAUCAGACAUUUACCAUCCUGAUCACUCCUGUUAAAAACCCACCUCCUGUCAUUGCUUUUGCCGACCUCAUCACGGUUGAUGAGGGAGGGAGAACACCACUCUCAUUUCACCAUUUCUUUGCUGCUGAUGAUCAUGACAACCUCCAGGGAGAUGCCGUCAUUAGACUAAGUGCUCUGCCCAUGUUCGGCUGCAUUGAGAACACAGGCACAGGAGACCGUUUUGGCCCUGGAACUACCAGUGAUCUAGAAGCAUCGUUUCCAAUUCAAGAUGUCCUGGAAAACUACAUUUACUACUUUCAGAGUGUUCAUGAAAGCAUUGAGCCAACCCAUGAUAUUUUUAGUUUUUAUGUAAGUGAUGGAAAUAGUCGCUCAGAAAUCUACAGCAUCAAUAUCACCAUCGAGAGCAAGAAUGACGAGCCUCCCAGGAUGACUUUGCGGCCCCUCCGCGUGCAGCUGAGCUCAGGAGUGGUGAUAAGCAAUUUUUCUUUGAGCCUGCAAGACCUGGACACGCCAGAUAAUGAGCUGAUUUUUGUAUUGACCAAAAAGCCUGAGCACGGUCAUCUACUCCAGAGGCAAACUGCUGCUGAGCUGCUGGAGAAUGGGAGGAUUUUAGACCAGGGCUCCUCCUUCACCUACCAGGACAUCCUGGGCGGGCUGGUCGGGUACAUGCCCGGUGGUCCUAGUGUGGCAGUGGAUGAGUUCCAGUUCUCUCUCACUGACGGACUCCAUAUGGACUCAGGGAGGAUGGAGAUACACAUAGAGCUGCCUAUGGGUGGCGCUCCCCAGGUGGCUGUUAACCGAGGCCUGCAGCUCUCAGCAGGGUCUACUGCACGCAUCACAGAACAGCACUUGAAAGUGACAGACACUGACUCAGAUGAGAGUCAGGUGACGUACAUCGUGAAGGAAGAUCCUAGAGCAGGGCGCCUGCAGAUGGUGAGGCAUGGCAACCUGGAGCAAAUCUCCAUCAGAGGUCCCAUCCGAAGUUUCACCCAGGCUGACCUCAGCCAAGGCCAAGUAGAAUACAGUCACAGAAAAGGAGAAUCUGGUGGGAACUUUGUCUUUAAAUUCGAUGUGGUUGAUGGAGAAGGCAACAGGUUGAUCGGCCAGUCAUUUUCCAUCAGUGUUUUAGAGGACAAAUCCCCACCAGUCAUCACCACCAAUAAAGGGCUGGUCUUGGAUGAAAACUCAGUGAAGAAAAUCACCACUCUGCAGCUCUCUGCCACAGACCAGGAGAGCGGGCCUGCAGAACUGACCUACAGAAUCACCAGACAGCCCCAGCUGGGCCACCUGGAGCACGCAGCAUCGCCGGGUAUCCAGAUUACUUCCUUUACUCAAGCUGACCUGACUUCACGAAAUGUUCAAUAUAUCCAUUCCAGUGAGUCUGAGAAACACUCAGAUGCCUUCAGCUUUACGCUGUCGGAUGGAGUCAAUGAGGUGACUCAAAUUUUCCAUAUCACUAUUCGCCCUGUGGAUGAUUCACUGCCCGUUGUACAGAACUUGGGGAUGCGAGUACAGGAGGGAGUGAGAAAGACCAUCACAGAGUUUGAGCUCAAGGCCUUGGACGCGGACACAGAGGCUGAGUCUGUCACAUUCACCAUUGUGCAGCCCCCACGUCACGGCGCUAUCGAGCGAACCACCAAUGGGCAGCAAUUCCAGCACACCUCCACCUUCACCAUGGAAGACGUCUACCAGAACCGGGUCAGCUACAGCCACGAUGGCAGCAACUCCCUCAAAGACCAGUUCACCUUCACUGUUGCUGAUGGGACAAAUCCCUUCUUUGUUAUUGAAGAAGGCGGGAAAGAGAUUAUGACAGCAGCACCUCAGCAGUUCCAAGUAGACAUCCUCCCAGUAGACGAUGGCACCCCUAGAAUUGUUACCAACCUGGGGCUACAGUGGCUGGAGUAUAUGGAUGGCAAGGCAACCAACCUGAUCACCAAGAAGGAACUGCUGACCAUGGACCCGGACACGGAGGACCUGCAGCUGGUCUACGAGAUCACGAGGGGCCCCCAGCAUGGCCACAUGGAGCACAAGCUGCAGCCCGGCAGAGUGGCUGUGACUUUCACGCAGGAGGACGUGAACUUGGGGUUGAUUCAUUACGUGUUGCAUGAGGAGAAGAUCCAUGAGAUGAUGGAUAGUUUUCAGUUUCUAGUGAAAGACAGUAAACCCAAUGUGGUCAGCGACAAUGUCUUCCACAUCCAGUGGUCCCUUAUCAGCUUUAAACAUACCAGCUACAAUGUCAGUGAGAAGGCGGGGUCUGUCAGUGUCACAGUGCAGAGGACUGGGAACCUCAACCAAUACGCCAUCGUCCUGUGUCGCACAGAGCAAGGCACCGCCAGCUCCAGCUCCAGGCUCGGCUCCCAGCCUGGGCAGCAGGACUACGUGGAGUAUGCUGGCCAGGUGCAGUUUGAUGAGCGAGAGGACACCAAAUCCUGCACCAUUGUCAUCAACGAUGAUGAUGUGUUUGAGAAUGUUGAAAGUUUCACCGUGGAGCUCAGCAUGCCAGCAUAUGCCCUACUAGGGGAGUUCACCCAGGCGAAGGUCAUUAUCAAUGACACUGAGGAUGAACCCACAUUAGAGUUUGAUAAGAAGACCUACCGGGUCAACGAGAGUGCUGGUUUUCUAUUUGCACCUAUUGAAAGAAAAGGGGACUCUAGCAGCAGUGUCUCUGUGAUUUGCUACACCAUCCCUAAGUCAGCUAUGGGAAGCAGCCUCUAUGCUCUAGAAUCAGGUUCUGACUUUAAAUCAAGAGGGAAGUCUGCUGACAGUCGUGUGAUAUUCAGGCCUGGGGUCACCAUGUCCACCUGUGACAUCAUGCUCAUUGAUGACAGCGAGUAUGAAGAGGAAGAAGAGUUUGAGAUUGCCCUGGCAGGUGCUUCUGACAAUGCCCGCAUUGGAAGGGUGUCAUCGGCCAAGGUGCUCAUCAGUGGUCCCAACGAUGCCUCCACUGUGUCCCUGGGCAACACGGCUUUCACUGUUAGUGAGGAUGCAGGCACAGUGAAGAUUCCAGUUAUCCGCCAUGGGACUGACCUUUCUACCUUCACGUCUGUCUGGUGUGCUACGCGCCCCUCGGAUCCAGCUUCUGCCACUCCAGGGGUUGACUACAUUCCCAGCUCCAGGAAGGUUGAAUUCAGGCCAGGUGUCACUGAGCAGGAUUGCACCUUAACGAUCUUGGAUGACACUCAGUAUCCAGUAAUUGAAGGGCUGGAGACAUUUGUGGUUUUCCUCAGCUCAGCACAAGGGGCCGAACUGACCAAACCCUUCCAGGCUAUCAUUGCAAUUAAUGACACGUUUCAGGAUGUGCCCAGCAUGCAGUUUGCCAAGGAUUUGCUCCUUGUGAAGGAGAAGGAGGGUGUUCUGCACGUGCCUAUCAUUCGGAGUGGAGACCUGAGCUAUGAGUCGUCCGUGAGGUGCUAUACUCAGAGCCAUUCGGCUCAGGUCAUGGAGGACUUUGAGGAGAGAAGAAAUGCAGACUCUUCACGGAUUACGUUUCUGAAAGGGGAGAAAAUGAAGAACUGUAGUGUCUUUAUCCAUGAUGACUCCAUGUUUGAGCCCGAGGAGCAGUUCAGGGUCUACCUCGGCCAUCCUCUCGGGAACCGCUGGAGCGGAGCCAGAGUGGGAAAGAACAACAUGGCCACCGUCACCAUAUCCAAUGAUGAAGAUGCCCCCACCAUUGAGUUUGAAGAAGCUGCGUACCAAGUCCGGGAACCCUCGGGGCCAGAUGCAACAGCCAUUCUGAACAUCAAGGUGAUCCGCAGAGGGGAUCAGAACAGGACAUCCAAGGUCCGCUGUAGCACGCGGGAUGGGUCUGCCCAGUCUGGUGUGGAUUAUUACCCGAAGAGCCGCGUCCUGAAGUUCAGUCCCGGUGUGGAUCAUAUCUUUUUUAAAGUCGAGAUCCUGUCCAAUGAAGACCGGGAAUGGCAUGAAUCUUUCUCCGUCGUCCUUGGCCCAGAUGACCCAGUGGAAGCAGUUCUUGGUGAAGUGACCACAGCCACAGUGACGAUUCUUGACCAGGAGGCAGCAGGGAGUCUCAUACUGCCAGCACCACCCAUUGUUGUCACACUUGCAGACUAUGACCAUGUGGAAGAGGUUGCCAAGGAAGGAGUCAAGAAGUCCCCCUCCCCAGGCUACCCGCUGGUCUGUGUCACCCCCUGCGACCCUCAUUUCCCUAGGUAUGCUGUCAUGAGGGAGCGCUGCAGCGAGGCUGGCAUCAACCAGACGUCUGUACAGUUCAGCUGGGAAGUGGCGGCCCCCACUGACGGCAAUGGGGCCCGGUCUCCCUUUGAGACCAUCACUGACAACACACCAUUCACCAGCGUCAACCACAUGGUCCUGGAUAGCAUUUACUUCAGCCGCAGGUUCCAUGUGCGUUGUGUGGCAAAGGCUGUAGACAAGGUGGGUCAUGUGGGGACCCCCUUACGGAGCAACAUUGUUACCAUCGGAACAGACAGUGCUAUCUGCCACACCCCAGUGGUGGCUGGGACAGCAAGAGGCUUCCAGGCUCAAUCCUUCAUCGCAACCUUGAAAUAUCUGGAUGUCAAACACAAGGAGCAUCCGAACAGAAUCCACAUCUCAGUGCAGAUCCCACACCAGGAUGGAAUGCUGCCCCUCAUCUCCACCAUGCCCUUGCACAACUUGCAUUUCCUCCUCUCUGAGUCCAUCUACAGACACCAGCACGUCUGCUCCAAUCUCGUCACCACCCGUGAUCUCAGAGGCAUUGCAGAGGCUGGGUUCCUGGAUGACAGGGUAUAUGACAGCGCGGCCAUGGGGCCAGGCUACGACCGCCCCUUCCAGUUUGACCCCAGUGUAAGGGAGCCCAAGACCAUCCAGCUCUACAAACACCUCAACCUGAAGAGCUGCGUCUGGACCUUUGAUGCCUAUUACGACAUGACCGAGCUCAUUGAUGUCUGUGGGGGGUCUGUAACUGCCGACUUCCAGGUGAGAGACUCUGCCCAGUCGUUCCUGACCGUGCAUGUGCCUCUCUACGUGUCCUACAUCUACGUGACAGCCCCCAGGGGCUGGGCCUCCUUGGAGCACCACACAGAGAUGGAGUUUUCCUUCUUCUAUGACACGGUUCUGUGGAGAACAGGAAUCCAGACAGACAGUGUGCUCUCUGCAAGGCUUCAGAUAUUAAGAAUCUAUAUUCGAGAGGAUGGACGGCUCGUCAUUGAAUUCAAGACCCACGCCAAAUUCAGAGGGCAGUUUGUGAUGGAGCACCACACCCUGCCAGAAGUGAAGUCCUUCAUACUGACCCCGGACCACCUGGGAGGAAUUGAAUUUGGCCUGCAGCUGCUGUGGAGUGCUCAGACCUUUGAUUCUCCGUAUCAGCUCUGGAGGGCCACAAGCUCUUAUAACAGGAAGGACUACUCGGGGGAGUACACCAUCUGCCUGAUCCCUUGCACCGUGCAGCCCACACAGCCAUGGGUGGACCCAGGAGAGAAGCCUUUGGCCUGCACUGCACACGCCCCAGAAAGAUUCCUGAUACCCAUUGCAUUCCAGCAGACCAACCGCCCCGUACCAGUUGUGUAUUCUCUCAAUACUGAAUUUCAGCUCUGCAAUAACGAGAAAGUGUUUCUCAUGGAUCCCAACACAGCUGAUAUGUCACUGGCAGAAAUGGAUUACAAAGGAGCCUUCUCAAAGGGUCAAAUCCUGUAUGGCCGAGUGCUUUGGAAUCCAGAACAAAACCUUAAUUCUGCUUACAAACUCCAGCUGGAGAAAGUCUAUCUCUGUACUGGCAAGGAUGGCUACGUGCCUUUCUUUGAUCCCACGGGGACAAUCUACAAUGAAGGACCACAGUAUGGAUGCAUUCAGCCAAACAAACACCUAAAACACAGAUUCUUGCUGCUGGACCGCAGUCAGCCAGAGGUGACUGACAAGUACUUCCACGACGUGCCCUUUGAGGCCCACUUUGCUUCCGACUUGCCUGAUUUCCACGUGGUCAGUAGCAUGCCAGGUGUGGAUGGAUUUACUCUGAAAGUGGAUGCGCUCUAUAAGGUGGAAGCAGGACACCAGUGGUACCUCCAGGUCAUCUACAUCAUUGGCCCUGACACCAUCUCAGGACCCCGGGUCCAGCGCUCUCUCACGGCCCCGAUGAAGCGCAACCGAAGGGACCUGGUGGACCCCAGUGGCCGGCUGACCCUUGAUGAUUCCCUCAUCUAUGACAACGAAGGGGACCAGGUCAAGAACGGCACCAAUAUGAAGUCCCUGAACCUGGAGAUACAAGAGCCAGUUGUAGCUGCUUCUCUGUCCCAAACUGGGGCAUCUAUCGGCAGUGCGCUCGCUGCUAUCAUGCUUCUACUUCUGGUGUUUUUGGUGGCUUGUUUCAUCACCAGGAAGUGCCAGAAACAGAGGAAGAAACCACCUGCAGAGGACGUUUUGGAGGAAUACCCUCUGAACACCAAGCUGGACGUGCCCAAGAGGAGCCCAGACAGGGUGGAGAAGAACGUGAACAGACAGUACUGCACCGUGCGGAACGUCAACAUCCUGAGUGACACCGAGGGGGCUUAUGCAUUCAAAGGUGCUAAAGUGAAGAAAUUGAAUCUGGAGGUCAGAGUUCACAACAAUUUACAAGAUGGAACAGAAGUUUAGUGGAGGAGACCCAUGUGUAUUUUUUUCCUAAAGUCAUUUUUAUAAAACGGGGGAAAUACUGGUAUUUUUAUAAUCUUGCAAAUUAAAAAGGGAAAACUAUAGCUCUGAGCGGCAGGAGGCACACAUCACUUGCAUCAACUCACAACUGAGCUACCUCAUUGAAAAGAACCACUGAGACCCCCCAGAGGACUGGAGUAGUUCUUUCUGUGGACCCCUUUAAUAGUCUCAGUAGCUACAGUUGCUCCUCCUGGAAGACUGACUAUAGAGAGCAAGUGUUUUAGUGCUGGCACAGGAGUUAAGACAAUUAAGUUAGCUGAUGCGGGUCAGAGGACUGGGCAAUGAACAGGGCAGAUUGUAGAGAGAGAGCGGGAUUCAGGGCCUUUGGUUCCCCACCCUCCUCCAGCUUCCUUCCACUCGGGCUCUUCCUGGGCCUCUGGACAGCAGAGUUCAAACUGCUGACAUCCAGAUUCCAUUCAGAAUUCUACUAAUCAGCACAGUGGAUGUAUUUGCUCAUUGUGUCCACCCGACAGCCUGCACUCCGUGGCCUCUAAUUGUGCUUAGCAUUUCCAGAGCCCUUUUCACCUGGGGCUUCUAAGUGCUGUAGACUAGAACACCUCUCUGUGAGUCUCAGGCAAAACCUUGGGCCUCUCCUGUCAGCCAGCAGGUAUCAGGCAUGGCAGAAGCCCUCUUACGGAGGUGAGGGACUGAAACCUGGGGGCAGGAGGGGCCUGGUGAGCACCUCAGAGUACAUCAGUGACGCAUCGCACCCUAGGCCCAGAGAGGUGUCCUUGUGCCUGACUAGUUUACACUGCACCAAUGUGUGAAGUCAUCGUCCCUGCGGAAGGAUGCUGCAAAACAAGAUCAGUGCCCCGUGGCCUUUUUCUGUAUUGCCAUGGAUGCUUAAAAAACCUACCAUACUUCCUGCUACCCCAGGCUUUGCCCAGUCUAAUAAUAGACAAGCCCACGUGCUUUGAUAGCUGUGGGGUUUUUAUUGUGCUAGGGUUUCAGGAAAGUAAGUGAUUCAUUUGAAUAAAGCCAAUUAGGAGAUAGCCCAAGCCAGAGUCAAAUCAGUUAACAGAUGUCUACCAAUACUCACAGCAGAUAAAGUACUGGUACUCACAGCAGAUAAAGGCACCAUUCCUGGUACCGUAUUUCAGGGAUUUCUCUUUUGGGGGGUUCUUUUCUGGUAGCUCAGGCACAUAUUUUACCAUAUCAGCACAUGACAAGGCCAUAAACACGUGGCUUUAAAGUGAUUUAUUAGUGUUCAAAUAGCAGCUUAGCGAUUUUUCACGUAGUGCUCACACAGCUUGCUUUUGUGUUUCUUUUUGGUUCCUGUCUUAGGCAAAAAUGAAGUGUGCAUGUCCUGUUGUUCGGAACACCAUCUUUGGGAGUAAGGCACGACCUCUCCCUGGUGCAUGGCAUACCGCAACCACUGGGCAAAUAACAGAGCAUUCACAUUGUAUAAUGUUUGUAUUAGAGAGAUCCAAGCUCUUUGAGAACAUUCCAAACUGGAAACACUUGGGUCCUCAAAGCUAGAAAGAAUGAACUAUGAAAAGUUUUAGGCAUCUGUACCAGACUCCAAGCUUCUGAGGUGCAGGAUCUGGCUAGCUGUGCCUUGGAUUUCUCAGCAGUGCCUUGCACGUAACGAGCACGCCUGGAAUAAUUGUUGAGUGAAGAAAUGACUGGCGACAUGGUGAGUUAGGAAUACAUUUAGGAAAAGGAGGUGAGAGAGUAUGGUGGCAAUAUCACAAGGGCAAGUAGAGAAAAAAACCAAAAACUUGCUUCUACUUGGAUUAUGAAAUAAUCUCUUUGGAACAAAGAAGCACCAAUUUACGGAGACCCGAAUCUGGCCAUGGUCUUCAGGAGGACUGGACAGACAGGUCACAGUAGUGUAUUAGCAGGAGGUGAGCCUGCGACUCGGUCUCCCAGCAGGGCAUGCAGAGGGAUGUCUGGCUUAGCCUUCUGAGAUGAGUGUAAAGUUUUAAGAUAGGAUGAAUUGAGGGAGCCCAGGACCAGGAGCUCCUGACUGGUCAGGUGCUACUUGAGACCAGCUCAGGCAGUUUGGGGCAGAACUUAUGUAUCUGCUUCACAAACACUGAGAAUCGGUGUCUCAUGGCUGGAGAGCUCACCCGAAAGGCACAGAAUCUUCUGACAACUUAGGGGGUGAAUGCUAAUUCUACAAGGACAGGAAGCCAAUCACAUGAGAAACUUUGAUUUACCCCAUUAGUUAUAACUGCUCUUUGUGCCAGAAUGCUUACACAUUAAAGCAAUACCUCUGCAUUUGCUCAGAUAUUCUUCUUGCACAUCCAUUACAACACAGUGGGACGCCUGCAUGGGAAGAGUGCAGACAGGUGGCAGAACGAAGCUCCUUGGGGAAAGCAGUGGAGACACAUCUCCAGAUGCCCCUAGCAGCCUCUGCAUAGGAGGUCUUGCACGACCAGGGCAGCUUCCUGGGAGGAUCCCGAAAUACUGAACUAUCUGUGUGAAAGGAAAGCCCUUGCAACACCGCUGCCUCCCCUCCUCUCUGCCCUCCCCUGACACACACCUGUUACUGAAUGUGGUGCUUCUUCAGUGGGUGACAUUAGCACACAGAAAGUGGUAAAAGAUGUGAACCUGAGAUUGACUCCUUUGAUACAGAAUUUCUUAUUUAUGUUUUAUACUUCGUUUAGGGAUCAGAUAAUUUGGUGACUGAUGGGGGAUUAUAUUUCAGUCAAAACUCUGCUUUCAGUUUCUCCGACUUGCCCACUAAAGCCUUGUGUGUGCUUUACUAACCUUUUAUACCAUGCCUCUGGGUAAGAAGGAACAAAACCCCUCAGGGGUUGCUGUUUGCUAUCACAGGCUGGCUGGCAGUGAAGGUUAAAAGGAAGAAGAGUCUGCAUGUUUUUUUCUGCCUUUUAUUGUCCCCCAGGCCUUCUGAGGACUCCUGCAGAUUCUCACUGGUGGACGGGAAACGGUGUUGGAUGUGUUUGCACAGUCUUAUGACAGUCUCGGUGUCCUGUAGGAGUUUUUGUUAUUCUUAGCUACAACACACCUGCUCAGACCGAGUAAAACAUUUGUGGUGCUGUCAACCUGAUUUCUUGACUCUCAGAUGAUUUUUGUAUUUCCAAUACCAAUUUGUGUGUUAUGAAUUUCUGAUUUCUCCAGUAGCAUAUGCCACUAUAUAAAUUUAUAUUAAUAAAGGACAGUCUGAUUGCA